AAGAAGUAUUAUUUUUUUUUCCUCAGGUGUGGGCCUUGCUUGCGGAUCGCUCCGGCCUUCAGCGCCCUGAGCAACAAAUACCCACAGGCAACAUUCCUGGAGGUGGAUGUGCACCAGUGCCAGGGCACAGCUGCCACCAACAACAUCUCAGCAACACCCACGUUCCUGUUCUUCCGGAACAAGGUGCGCAUCGACCAGUACCAGGGAGCGGACGCCGUGGGCUUGGAGGAUAAAAUCAAACAGCACCUGGAGAACGACCCCGGCAACAGCGAGGACACAGACAUCCCCAAAGGAUACAUGGAUCUGCUGCCCUUCAUCAACAAGGCCGGCUGCGAGUGCCUGAACGAGAGCGACGAGCACGGCUUUGAGAACUGUCUGCGCAAGGACUCCUCCUACCUGGAGUCCGACUGUGACGAGCAGGUGUGUUCCACAGGGCUGGCAUCCACAGUUCCAGGGCAACUCAGCCCCUGCUGCUGCCAAACAAAGGCUCAGAAGGUGUGCCAUGGGGGAAAGCAGCACAUCCCAUCAUUGCUGAGCUCCCUUCUCCCCGGAUCCUGGGCUGAGCUGCUUCCAGGGGAGGAACCCGGGUGUAAUUGUGAUUUUUCCUCUCUUUUAUCCCCAUUUCCUGCUUCCAGAGGAGGAGUUCUGGUGUAAUUGUGAUUUUUCCUCUCUUUUAUCCCCAUUUCCUGCUUCCAGAGGAGGAAUUCCGGUGUAAUUGUGAUUUUU